GAUGUAUUAAAGAACACUUGAUGCUUCAUAGGAGGCUUUAUUUUCUUUUUCCAGAAGCAGCUGCGUCCGAAGGCAUCAAGCAGAAUGGAAAAAACGUUGCGGUUAGUCAGAACUGGAGCCAUGACAGCACUGAUAAAACUCCUUCUAGGCAAAGCAAAGUGAAACCUGAAGUAACAAGUGAAAUGGUGCGAUCCUCCAGUGUGAUGGUUUCAAAUAAGGCAUCUAUGUUAUCAGAACCGAAGUUUGGGCUAAGAGAUACUAUUGUUAAAUCUCAGCUUUUACAAAGGGAAGAUUCCUACACGCAUAUCCAGAACUUCAGAUUUUUUGUUGGGACAUACAAUGUGAAUGGUCAGUCACCCAAGGAGAGUCUCUGGCCUUGGCUGAGAUGUGAUGCUGAGCCUCCAGAUAUUUACUGUGUGGGUUUCCAGGAGCUUGAUCUGAGUAAAGAAGCCUUCUUUUUCAAUGACACACCGAAGGAAGAAGAAUGGUUUAAAGCUGUAACUGAUAGUCUUCACCCAGAUAUCAAAUAUGCCAAGGUGAAACUUGUGCGACUGGUGGGAAUAAUGCUUCUGUUGUAUGUGAAAGCAGACCUUGCCUUGAACAUCUCCGAGGUGGAAACUGAGACUGUGGGAACCGGAAUCAUGGGGAGAAUGGGUAACAAAGGUGGUGUUGCCAUAAGAUUCAAGUUCCAUAACACUAGUAUAUGCAUUGUGAAUUCUCACCUUGCAGCUCAUACAGAGGGAUAUGAGCGGAGGAACCAGGACUUCAAAGACAUCUGCUCUCGGAUGCAGUUCUGCCAGACGGAUCCAAAUUUACCAUCUCUCACUAUCAGCAAACAUGACGUGAUCAUAUGGUUGGGUGACCUCAACUAUCGUCUGGAAGAACUGGAUGUUGCAAAAGUGAAGCAGCUUGUAGAUGAGAAGGCAUUUCUAGUGCUUUCCCAAUAUGACCAGCUGAAGAGGCAGAUGAAUGCCAAUGCAGUCUUUGAAGGCUUUACAGAAGGAGAGCUUUCUUUCCAGCCAACAUACAAAUAUGAUACUGGUUGUGAUGACUGGGACACAAGUGAGAAGUGUCGUAUUCCCGCAUGGUGCGAUCGGAUCCUCUGGAAAGGCCAGAACAUCACUCAGCUGAGCUAUCGCAGCCAUAUGGCUUUGAAGAUCAGUGAUCACAAGCCAGUUAGCUCUGUGUUUGAUAUUGGGAUAAAGGUUGUGAAUGAGGAGCAAUAUCGAAAAGCUUUUGAGGAAAUAGUGCGCUCCCUGGAUAAGAUGGAGAAUGCCAACAUCCCCUCGGUGACCCUUUCCCGGAGAGAGUUUCAUUUUACAGAUGUUAAGUAUAUGCAGCUGCAGAUAGAGAAGUUCACAAUUCGCAAUGGCCAAGUGCCUUGCCAGUUUGAAUUCAUCAGCAAACCAGAUGAAGAGACCUACUGCAAGGAAUGGCUGAUUGCUAAUCCCAGUAAGGGCUUUCUACUCUCAGAUUCUGAGGUCACAAUUGAGUUGGAGUUGUUUGUUAAUAAAUCAACAGCUACACACUUAAACUCUGGCGAAGAUAAACUUGAAGAUAUCUUGGUCUUGCAUCUUGACAGGGGGAAGGAUUAUUUUAUAUCUGUAACUGGAAACUACUUGCCUAGUUGCUUUGGGUCUCCCAUUCAUACACUGUGUUACAUGAGGGAACCUAUCCAGGACAUGUCAGCAGAGUCUAUUCGGGAACUCACCUUGAUGCCACUACACAUGAUGGACGUCAUUCAAGCUGAAAAGCCUCUGGACAUUCCAAAAGAACUGUGGAUGAUGGUGGAUCACUUAUACCGUAAUGCUUCCCAGCAGGAGGACCUGUUUCAGCAACCAGGCCUCAGAUCUGAAUUUGAGCAAAUCCGAGACUGUUUGGACAAGGGAAUGCACGAUACCCUCUUUGGCAACAACCAUUCUGUGGCAGAAGCCUUGCUGCUCUUCCUAGAGAGCCUGCCAGAGCCCAUCAUUUGCUACAAGUUCUAUGCCAGCUGCUUGGAGUGCUCCAACAGCCUCUCGCUCAGCAGCCAGAUUAUCUCCAAAUUGCCCAAGUGCCAUAAAAAUGUCUUUGAGUAUCUGAUGGCAUUUCUUCGAGAACUACUCAAAAACUCACGGAAAAACCAUUUGGAUGUGAAUAUUCUUGCUAGUGUGUUUGGCGGCUUAUUACUGCGGCCUCCUCCUGGCCAUCCCAAGCCUGACAUAACUGCCAAAAAGAAAGCUCAGCAGUUUAUCCAGCAGUUCCUCUCGGACGAGGAGGACUGGCCGUGA